CCAUCGUCACCUCACCGCCGACCAAUCACCGCACAAAACAACCCCGCCAGUCCGUCAGUCCGUCAGUGUAGCGCCAGCAGCCACAAGGGAGGGUGUGCUCUGGGCCGCGUCGCUCCUCUGCCUGCCUGAACAAAACACAUCCUGCUAACGUGUUCGGAUUCCGGCUUUGUCUUCAACUUCCUUCCCCUUCAUCCAUCUGCUCCCUCCUCCCUCGUGGCGCCUCCCUGCUGUGCUGACCUCUGCUGACGUCAUACACUGCUGACUAGCCCAUCCCUCCUCUGCUGACCUCGCUGCAAGUCACGGAACAGCUGAGGUCACAAAGGAAUUAGAAGAUGAAGAGAAAUGAGACAAGUUCAAAUUUCCCGCCAUCCGUGACGUCACUAAAGUAAAGUGCUGCCGAAGGUUGUGCGUGACUGUGUUGCCCCCACGCUGUUUGCUUGAGUGAGAGGAGCAGGGAACCACCACCACCACCACCUCCUCCUCCUCCUCCUCCUCCGUUUCGUCAACCUCCUUCCUUGUUUACAUCCAAGAUGCGCGGUGGUGGUGUGGGCGUGGGCGUGCGGGUGGCGGUGGCUGUGUGUCUCCUAGCGACAUCUGUGGGCGUGGCGAUGGCGGCGGGCGGCGGUGCAGGCAGCAAGGCGGUGAGCGUGGGAGGCAACACCACCAACAGCACCUGCCCGCCUGCCAAGCCCCCGGGGAUCAGAGUGGUGUCAGUCAGGUGGCAUGAAGUGGGCGUCUACUUCACUAUCACCACUUUCGUCAUUAUCGCGGGGUUCGCCAAGCUAGUCUUCCAUCACCUCCAUUGGCUGUCCAACAAGGUCCCUGAGUCAUGUGUGCUGGUGAUGCUGGGAAUGGCUCUUGGCUUGAUUGUCUACUUCACCACCAAGAACCAACCAAGCCCAGCCAACCAGUGUGACCAUGUUGUACCGUUGCCUCACUUCACCUCGGACAUGUUCUUCUUCAUCCUCCUGCCGCCUAUCGUCCUGGAGUCAGCGUACAGUUUACACGACCGGGCGUUUUUUGACAAUCUGGGCACCGUAUUGGUCUUCGCUCUCAUAGGGACAUUGUUCAACAUAGCAACAAUUGGUCCCACCAUGUACGGCCUAAACCUAGCUGGCGCGAUGGGCUCUAUCAACUUUACGUUUACAGAGGGACUGGUGUUCUCGUCCCUCAUCUCAGCAGUGGACCCCGUGGCAGUGCUGGCCAUCUUCCAAGAGCUGGGUGUCAAUAAGGACCUCUACUUCCUGGUGUUCGGGGAGUCACUGCUGAAUGAUGGCAUGACGGUGGUGGUGUACAACACAGUGACGUCCUUCAUGGCCAUGGAGGAGGUGACGGGGUGGCAGUACGUGCUGGCGGUGGUGGCGUUUGGUGUGGUGGUGUUUGGGGGUCUGUUGAUCGGGGUGAUUUUUGGCUGCAUCACUGCGCUGGUCACCAAGUCCACCACUGAUGUGCGAGUGGUGGAGCCCCUCGCCCUCCUUGGCCUGUCCUACCUCAGCUACCUCACCGCUGAGCUGUUCCACUUCUCAGGCAUCAUCAGCCUCAUCGUGUGCGGCCUCAUCCAAGCUCACUACGCCUUCCAGAACAUCUCACAGAAGUCGUACACCACCGUCAAAUACUUCACCAAGAUGGCCAGUGCCACCAGUGAGACAGUGAUCUUCAUGUUCCUGGGGAUGGUGCUGGUGAGCGACGACCACCUCUGGCACACCGGCUUUGUCCUGUGGUCCGUGUUCCUCUGCUUCUUAUACAGGUUCAUUGGGGUGUUCUUCUUGACGGGGAUCAUGAACAACUACCGCAUCAAGAAGGUUGGGCUGGAGGAGCAGUUCAUUGCAGCCUACGGGGGGUUGAGGGGUGCUGUGGCCUUCUCUCUAGUCAACAUGCUGGAUGAGUCGCUGCCGCCCAGGCGCAUCUUUGUCACCGCCACCUUAGCUGUCAUUCUCUGCACCAUUUUUAUCCAGGGCACCACCGUCAAGCCUCUAGUGGGCCUCCUGCAGAUCCGCAAGCACAGUUCAGGGAAGAAAAACCUGAGUGAAGAGAUCAACGACACAACUAUGGACCACAUCAUGGCCGGCGUGGAGGAGAUUCUGGGCCAGCAUGGGGACUUCUACUUGAGGGAGCUGAUCAUCCACUACAACGACCGAUACCUACGAAAGUGGUUCCUGCGCUCCACCUGUGAAUCCAAACUGACCAGACUAUUUGAGAAGAUCGCCAUUUCGGAGCACUACGCCCACCUGUACGGCCCAGUGGCAAUGAUUGAGGACCAUGUGAAGCCUUUCUGUCCACCCAUCACCUCCACCGUCACCCAGACUGUCUCAUACUCUGCCUCACAGAAGGAGGAGAUGGUCACCCACCCAGAGUUCCCCACCGUCAAGGACACCUAUGAGAAGGUGGAGGACGUGAUAGCUGAGUCUCCUGAAGGCAGGGUACAGAUGAGGAAGAAGUACUCCAUCAUACCAAUACGCCAGAGCAGGGUGUCCUCAGAGGUGACCAGAACCCCCUCAUCUGCCCACCAGGAUGCCAGUAUUCUCCGCAAAGCCUUCAGAAGCAACCCCUACAAUAAGCUGCAUUACAAGUACAAUCCAAACCUGGUGGGGGAAGAGGACCAGGAGCUUGAGGAACACCUGAACCGACGCCACAUGAACGCUCGUCGACUCACCCACUUUGCCUCCACCACCCGCCGCCCCUCCUCCAUCUGCCCCACACCCCCGUCACGCCUCAGAACCACCUCAGAGGGUGGUGGCGCCCUGCCUGACGGCGUGGCAGAGCUGGUGCAGCGUCACAACAUGCGGCGGCAGUCCAUGAUGCAGAUGCGCUCCCAGGGGGCACGGCGGCCUCUCCAGGGCUGCUUCUCCUCCCCAAAUCCCGGCAGCUGGUCCCCCGCAUCUCCCAGUAUCCUCCGCGCCCUGCAGGAGACCACCGAACCAGAUCAAACCUCCCCCCCCAAGGACACAGCCAGCACCUCAUCCAUGUCCCCCUCCAGCACUGACGACCACCCUACCUCACCCUGGAAGUGGAGUGAAGGGGCAGCACGCUCCAGGGACCCACAGGCAGGUCAGGCAGAGGAGGAGGUGCCCCUGGUGAAUGUGUCCAGGGCAGGGAAGGACCCAGCUAACUCCAAGGACACGGAGGACAAGCAAGUGUAGCUGCUCAAGAUAUAAGAUGAGGAGGUGCCCUUAGGGAGUGUGGCCAGGGCAGGGAGGGAUGCCAUUCACUUGCAGAACACACAGGAAAAGCAAGAAGACAAGAGACAAGGAAGGACAAACACACACACACACACACACACACACACACACACACACACACAAACCAGUCCCUAACAUCAACCUUGGAACUGCCUCAGACACAGAGAGAUGUCUUAAAACUUUCCUCUUGAAUCUGAGUGACGAACAGGAGGAGGCACAUCAGCAGGCAGGGAGUUCCAGAGUCCAAGGGUGCUGAGGUGCUGAAGUGUAUGGUGCCCUGGUAUCUGUCACUAGUCCCAAGAUGCAGUAUGUAAGUGUGUGUGUGUAUGUGUGGUGUGCUUGAGGCAGCCGGGAAAGUUCCUAUGUAUGAUUAAUUUGAUUCUCCAUUCAUGUGUCAAGAUUUACCUGAGGAGCACCAGUCUGUAUCUCCAGGUGUGUGUCGGCUCUCAGAAGCUGAACACAUGACAAUUAAACCCGAUUCUUUCUCUGUAACUGAAAGCCUGCGUUGUCAGAUGGCCCAACACUUCACACUGUUCAUGUCCAGAAGAGUUGUGAGUUUUAACACUUUUGUACUCCAAGAACCUACCUGUGAAAAGUGUACCUGUGUGUUGCUUGAUGUCCCAAGUGUCCCAGCAAGAGAAAUUAGACUGGUACUCAUUCACACAUCAAGAAUCAACAGUGAAACGUGAACCUGUGUUUCUUGAUGCCGAGGUACUUCACACCAACAAGACUAUGGGUGAAGAAACGACGUGCAAAGAUUAGACCAGAUUCUAGGCAUGUCAACUCAAACUCUGUGCUGGCGGGACCUCUUUGCCUCAAUGAAGUGUGAGAUUCGCCUUGAUUUUGCACAUGAUUUUUUUUCUCUCAACUGAAGAUUACUACUCACCAGGUCCUCUUAGACUCAAUAAUCAUGAAGCUUGAAGUGUGAGAAGAUGAGCAGUGAUUAUAUACUAUAUGAUUCCCUCUCCCCACUGAAAGCAAUUACGUGUCAAGACCUUCUAGCAUCAAUAACCAUGAAAUUCCUGGUACGAGAGGACUAGCAGUGGCACUAUGCAUGAUUCUCUGUCCCAGCAUCAAUAGCCAUGAAAUCUGUAGUGUGAAAAGAUUAACAGUGAUUCUACAAAUGAUUCUCGGUUUCCACUGAAAACCAUUAGCCACCAUGAUGUCUGAAGCCUCAUCUACACAGGAUUAUCUCUCUUGCUACUGAGGAUCCUUUACUGGCAGGUUGUUAACUUCAGUCACCCUGGAGCAACAGUACACAGGACAGCACAGCGGGUCUAGCCACCAGGAAGACACAACACUCAGGGCCUUGUGAAAGUUAACAUAAUUUUACCUCUGUACAUAUGAAGUGUCUCGUUUUAGCCUCCGUUUUUAUAAGGAAUGCCUGUAUCUUUUUUUUUUAAUAUGUAAGAGGGGAAAUCUGGCCAAAGGUAACUAAAAGGAUUGUAAAAAAAAAAAAGGCCCAAUUAAAUGCCAGUUCUCGAGCAGGUGUACAUACAUAAAUGAAAAUGUGCACUGUGGUCUGUAUAUGCCAGAGUGAUGGUGAAGACUGGCAGGAGUGACUCAGAAACUGUUGUGUUGUAUCCUCAUUGGAGACUUGUUAAGCUUAAGAAGUGUACAUAGCAAGUCAUUUUCCUUUCUCAUUUGUUUUGGUAACAUUGCAGAGAGGUCAUGGAAAUUGCCAAGGUGAAAGAGUGAAAAAGGUGCAUCUGAGAAGAAAAUAAACAAAAAUAAGAAUAAAGAACACACAAAAGAACAGAAACAAGAAUAAGAACAAAUGAAGAAGAUGAAAAUGAACAGAGACAAAAAAGAACACCUAAAUGAAGAGAGAGAGAAAAGAGAGAUAAGGAUAAAGAAGAGAGAUAGAACAGAGAACACCACCACACACCACCACCUUGGCAGACCAGCUCAUGAAAACACCCUUGACAGUCAUUGGUGAGUGAGUGUAGGUAGAAAAGUAAACCUAUUGUCUUUUUUUAAGUAUGUUAUUGUUUUCAUCUUCAAAUUGUGUAAUAUAUUAUCUCUCUCUCUCUCUCUCUCUCUCUGUAGAUUGUCUUUCCUUUUUCAUCAAUUUUUUUUCUUUUCAUUGUUAAUUCAGUCCAUUUUGAAUUUUUUGUCCUCUUUUGUGUAUUUAAAUCAAUGUACUUUUCUUUUUUCAUCUUGUAACAUGAAUCCGUCUUUUUUUUGUUUUCUUUUCAUCUUUAGAAUUAUCUAUUUUGUAUCUUUUUUUUUUUUUUUUGAGGGGAGGAAUGUGUUAGUUUAUAAAUCAAUGUUUAUUUUUACUUGAUUGAUUCAUUUUAUUAAUUUAUUAUAUUUCCUUUACAUUUUUUAAUAUUUUUUCAUUAAUUUAUUUAUUCACACACUGAUUUUUUUUUGUCUUUUCAUUUACUUAUUGAUUUAGUAACUUCUCAUUUUAUCAGUUUUUAUUUCCGGCCAUGAGCUACAUUUAAUUUCUUUUCUAACAUACUGGAUCCCUUUCUUUGUCAUCAUCUAUCUAUUUUUAUAUCCUCCAUUCUUAUGAACUCCCUUAAUUAUCUUUAUUUAUUCACUAAACAUCAACUGUCUCACUAUUUCUUCAAUCAUCCAUAUUUCUUCUCUUUUCAUAUCUUUACCAUUAAUUCUAAUCUGUUUAUUCGGUCCGUGAACUUCCGUCAUCAUGUUUUCUGUCAUGCUGUCUCUCCCGAGGAUUUACGCUGUGUAUUUUUAUCAUAUAGGAAGGGUGGUGUACCAUAUACCGUUACAGUGAAUAAAGGAAACUAUGGAAGCCCUUGUUUUGUGUUGAGCGGUGGUCGUCUCUGGCGCGCACACACACACACAUACUUUCUGUCAUUCAUCUACUUAUUUAUUGAUCUAUAUUUAUUGUUUCUAGUUUGGUAUCAAUAAGUUGCAGUGGUUCAGUUAUAAUCUCAUAUUGAAUCAUUUAUUUAUCUAUCUGCAGUUAUUCUGAUGUUUCUCUACUUUCAUAUUAGUUGUCGGUCAUAAUGGUUUAAAGUUAUAAUUUCAGUAUAGUCACUAAGUCAGCUAUUUGUUUAUCUAUGUAUUUGCGUUCAUUCUGAUCUACCUUGGCCUUACUUCAGUUUCAGUGUUCAUUGUAAUGGUGAACUUUUUCCGUGCGAUUUGAUAAGGUACUUACUAUUACUAUUGUGAUUGCCUUGUCCUGCUCCACAGCCAUCUCCAAGCAUUAUACUACCAGUUAGAAAUGGCCAUCUAUUCUUUUAAUUUUCCUUUCUUGUUUAUGAUUUUUAUGCUUCUGGUGUGAGGUGUUGUAUGUCAGUGAAGAAUUGUUAAAUCUAUUCUUUUUAUUCUUUAUCCAUUUAUCUAUUCACUUUGUAUUGCUUAUUUUCUCCUUUCUUGUCAGUUUUAAGAUUCCGUUCCUUCUGGUGCUGUGCGGUGUUGCCCAUCACAGUGAAGGAGUUAAGAUUAAAAUCCCAAUACACAUGU